AUGGCAAGUCUACCCGGUAUUGAUGAACACGUUACGUCUGAAGAAGUGGUAACCGGUGAUAAUGAAUGGCACAAGUUGGUCAUUCCCAAGGGUAGCGACUGGCAAAUUGAUCUCAAAACAGAGGGAAAACUGAUGAUCAAGAUGAACUCAGGUAUAGCUGAAAUAUUUGGUACUGAAUUGGCACUUGAGGAAGAAUACACUUUUCAGAACUGGAAAUUUCCCAUAUACGCUGUCGAGGAAACAGAAUUAGUAUGGAGGUGUCCUGAUUUAACGGCAAAUUCAAUUCUAGUAAAGCCUAAUCAUACAAUGAAAUAUAUUUAUAAUCUACACUUCAUGUUGGAAAAGAUAAGGAUGUCAAACUUUGAAGGCCCUCGAGUGAUAAUUGUUGGUGAGUCGCAAACUGGGAAAACCUCUUUAUCGAGGACAUUAUGUUCGUAUGCUCUGAAAUUCAAUGCUUAUCAACCACUCUUCAUCAACCUCGAUCCUCAACAGCCAACUUUUACCAUCCCGGGGUGUAUAUCUGCUACCCCAAUAUCAGACAUACUUGACGUACAACUGCCUACUUGGGGUCAAAGUCUCACCAGCGGUGCCACACUACUACAUAACAAGCAACCAAUAGUGGAAAUUUUUGGUCUGGAAAAGAUCAAUGAGAACAAAGAGCUAUACUUGGAGUGUAUAAGCCAAUUGGGUCAGGUAGUGAGUCAGAGAAUACAUAUGGAUCCACAAGUCAGGAGGUCAGGAUGCGUCAUUGAUACGCCGUCGACAUUACAACUGGAUGAAGAUUUGAGUGAGCUACACCAUAUGAUCAAGAAAUUCAAUGCUAAUAUUAUGUUAGUACUGUCUUCGGAAACCGAUCCUCUAUGGGAUAAAGUAAAAAAGGGGUUUGGUCCAGAACUGGGGAACAAUAACAUUUUCUUCAUUCCCAAUUUGGAUGGUGUUUCUAAAGUUGAUGAUGUUUAUAAAAGAUCCUUACAAAGAUCAUCCAUAAGGGAGUACUUUUACGGCUCUCUGGAUACAGCUUUAAGCCCUUACGCCAUUGGUGUUGAUUACGAAGAUGUUACUAUCUGGAAACCCAGCAAUGUAUUUGAGAAUGAGGUUAGUAAGGCGGAGCUAUUUCCCGUCACAAUAUCUCCAAGUAAUUUACAACACGCAGUUAUAGCCAUAACUUUUGCAGAAAGAAGAGCAGAUCAAACAACCGUUAUAAAGUCACCCAUCUUAGGUUUCGCUUUAAUCACGGAAGUGAAUGAAAAGAGGCGCAAACUAAGGAUUUUGUUACCUGUGCCAGGGCGACUUCCUAGCAAAGCGAUGAUUUUGACUUCAUUUAGAUACUUAGAAUAA